AAUAGUGGAAUAUCAGAAUAACUGCUGUAACCGACUUUUGGAUUUUAAAGGUUUCAAUGUGCAAUGGGAGAAAAGAAGAAAAAGAAACCAGACGAAGUUGUGGAAGCAGAAUUUAAAAUUUCAAUGUAUUGCCAAGGAUGCGAAAAACAAAUUGCCAAAAUCAUAUCCAAAAUCAAAGGGGUUGAAGAAUUCAUGACGGAUAUGAAUAAACACAGAGUGGUUGUAAAGGGUCGAAUCAAUGCAGAUAAAGUGUUGAAGAAACUUAAGAAGAAGACAGGGAAGAAAGUGGAAAUGGUGACUAAAAAAGAAGACAAUAAGAAAAAGAGUGAAGAAAAAGAAGGGGAUUUACAAUUAAAACAGAAUCCGAGAGAAAUUGCUGAUGCUUUAAUUAUUGGAUAUUGUGGAGAUAGCAUGUUAUAUACAAUGUUUAGUGAUGAGAAUGCAAAUGCAUGUUCAAUUAUGUAAAUCUUUUUUUUUUUUUUUUUGGACAUGAACUAUUUUUCCU